AUGGGAUCGCGAAAGCGCACCCGCUCUGAGGUCAUUCCUGUGCCCGCACAAGAGGCCCCAGAACAGCCUGGACUCCUGUCCCAGCUCAGAAGCUCAUGGGCCUUUGCUAGUCUCAUGCAGUAUAUUGCCAUCUUUGGGCAUGUGAUGAAGAUUGACGAGGAGUUUGGAAUCGAGGACCUAGAAGUCGAAUGCCUCAAGCCCGAACCCUCGCAGAAGUUAUUGGAAAUUGGAUUAUGUCUGCUCAAGUGGAUUUCAUCCCACCGCGGUCUUACGUUCGACAAUUUCGACGAAUACACCAGACGCCAAUACAAUGCGAAAGCGCCUCACAUCACCAACCCCUUCGGAUAUGAAGAAGAACCAAACAAAUUUCUAGAUUUCGAUGUCUUCACUAAGAUCCGUGUUCUCCAUCAGCUGACGGUAUGGACAUUCUGGAACGCGGACCGCAUUCGCGACAAGAUGCCGGAGAAGAAGGAAACCGAUCAGCUAGAAUGGCGAAUUGAAGAGUUUGGUUGGGAUCGUGAGGGGCGUUCAUACUAUGUACUGGACGACAACCGCCUGUACCGUCGGACCGACCCUCCUCCACCACCUCCCCUCCAACGUCCGAAGAAGAAGGCGAAGGGCAAGUCAUCCCGAGCGUCCCGAACGUCGAAGCGUACCUCCACGGCGGCCGCGGAAGAAGUCUCCGAAGAGGAGAACAAAACAACCAACGACUCAGGUGCUGCUGCUGCCUUUUCUGACGACCCUUUCAAGUGGGAGUGUGUGGCUGUGACACUUGAGGAAUAUCAAACCUUUUUGGAUACACUUCAAAAGUCCAAGGAUGCAGACGAGAAGAGCCUCCGUGAUAGCAUAGUGGAGCAUAUUCUGCCUAUUCUUGAGAAGGCAGAGGAGGCACAGCUCCGCAAACGCCAGAAGCGCGAGAAGGAACUUCUGAACUUGCAGCUAGUUGCUGGGGCCAAGAGAUCCAGCCGACUCGCCGCGAAGGAAGAGAAGGAAAAACAAGAUCGAGAGGCUGCUGAAGCUAUCCGCAAGCGUGAGGCCGAUCUGGCCGAAGCUCGCAAAGAGCAGGCCAUGCAGAACCAGCUCGAGGAAGAUCGACAGUCCCGAACGAUGACUCGUGAGCACCGUAUCAGAGACCGCGAACAAAAGCGACUUUUGCACGAAGCAGAACUUGAACGGCUCGCAGAGGAACAGGAGCGACUUGACAGGGGUGAAAGCAGGGCGUCCGCUCGAAACAUCAAGGCCGAGCUGGAAAAGUCCCAGAAGAACCUGGCAAAUCUCAAUCAAGACGACCAAUGGAUCUUUGAUUGCUCUGGCUGUGGGGUACAUGGUGAAAACUUGGACGAUGGUAGUCAUAGUAUUGCAUGCGAGAAAUGCAACGUGUGGCAGCAUAGCAAGUGUCUUGGUGUCUCUCAGCAAGAGGCCGAGCAGGAUGAUUUCCAAUUUGUGUGUCGCGAGUGCAAGCAAAAACAGGAAGAUGCCAACAAGCCUAAGCUGCCCCCUCUGAAGUUCCGGGUCAGUGCUUCAGCAUCGCCCUCGGCUGUCCCUGUCGGACAGAAGCGCAAACUGGAAGACGAUGAGGAACAGGCACCGCCCUCGCCUGUGAAAAAAUCACAUGUCGCUCUUUCCAAUGUUCAGAACGAACCCCCAAGAUCGCAGCCUGAUCUGAAGCCUACUAUCAGCCAUGGCAACUUCUAUCCUCCUCCCUCGCCCCAGCGUCGGGCUCAUUACGCAGAUCGAACGCCCUUGCCAUCCUCAAGCCCUCCACGUCCGCCUUUCUCCCCUCCAAAGGGCAUGAAUGGUUUGCUGCAUUCUACCAUGGAGCAACACCCACGACCUACGUCAGCUCAGCACUCUUUGCCCCCUAUGCAACCAACUCAUCAUCUCCCUCCUAUUGGAUCCUUCCAGUCUGUACGACCAUCCUCCUCCCACUCUGGUCAAAGCCCAGUCCACAACCAGCCGUCUAUGUCUCCGACGCAGGGCAACCCCGAUGUUGGCCCGCUUGCGGGCUUCCCUCAUGUCGCGCCUAGCCAGGCACCAUCACCUUGGAGCUCUUUCGAAACGCCCCGCCCGCAGUCGGGUCAUGGAGCUACACCGGCAAUGUCUAGUACCUACCCGUCUUUCUCCGCCGCGACACCAAACGGUCACCAUUCAUCGCCUCCCCAGAGCUCUCACGGCAUGGGUAUGUCAGGAAUCAGCCCGACCAAGCAGUCACCUCGCCCACCUACCGCCAGUGGAAUGGCCGGUGCGCCGGUCCUGCCACCCAUCCGCAGACUGGAGCCCAGCCCGAAGCUAAUGGGUCGUAGCUCUCCAGAUGCUCCUAUCCCUCCGCCGGUCAAGUGCAUGACUCCUGAGCAAGAGGAGCGUCGACAGAGAGAGAAUGCCUCCAUGCUACACCAGGCACACCACUACCAGGGCAAUGGCCAACAUCCCAUGUCGUCGCCAUCCCUGAAUCGCAUUCCUCCCUUGGGAUCUAGUAUCACUUCCCAGUACCCUGAUCCUGUCCCUUCCCCUCAGCGCGGAAGCAACGGUCACAGCCAAUGA